AUGUAUCUUUCUUCAGAACUCAGACUAAGCCCCUCACUCGCUCUCUCUCACACUUAUGCUCUCUUCCUACCCGCUACUUAUUUAGUACCUUUCUUUGCUGAGACCUACCCUGUGUUUUUGCUGCUGCUUCUCUUUCUUCCCCCUCUCUUAAGUUGUGGUAAGAGUAAAGCUAACCUCGCUACCAUCUAUGUUUUCUAUCUCAUUCCACUACUCCUUCUUGUAAAUUCGUUCUCCUUGUCACUGUUUUUUUCUGCACCUCUCUCAAUAUUUCUCUCUUUCGUCUUAUUUUUCUUUUCUCUUUUCAGCUAUACUUUAUCUUUUUUUAAACUGGUAUUAAAAAUAAUUCCACUUUUAAAAAAAAAAUAUUUUUACUUUCUUUUCCUUGCUCUCUGUUUUGCUUACAUCUUUCUCUUAUUUUCCUUUUCUUUCUUUCUUUCUUUCUUUCUUUCUUUCUUUCUUUCUUUCUUUCUUUCUUUCUUUUUCUCUCUGAGAGAUAUGUUCGUCAUGCUCAAGGCAUGGAACAUACAGUCACCGCAGAAUGUUGAUUUUUUGUUCACGCUGUUUCUAUCUAUCUAUCUAUCUAUCUAUCUAUCUUGGUCUACUCAUAUCUAUCUAUCUGGAAAUAAGUAA